UCCGCAGCGGGCAAGAUGGCGGCGCUCAGGGCGCUAUGUGGGCUGCGGGGUGGCGCGGGCCGGGCGCUGCGACCCGCGGCAGGGCUCCGACUGCCGACCCAACCCUGCAGAGGUGCUCGGCAAUGGCAGCCAGAUGUGGAAUGGGCAGAACAGUUUGGGGGAGCUGUCAUGUUCCCUACCAAGGAAACAGCCCACUGGAAACCUCCACCUUGGAAUGAUGUGGACCCUCCAAAGGACACAUUGGUGUCAAACCUGACCCUGAACUUUGGGCCCCAGCACCCAGCAGCCCACGGAGUUCUACGCCUGGUGAUGGAACUGAGUGGGGAGAUGGUGCGCAAGUGUGAUCCACACAUUGGGCUGCUACACCGGGGCACGGAGAAGCUCAUUGAGUACAAGACCUACCUACAGGCCCUUCCCUACUUUGACCGACUGGACUACGUGUCUAUGAUGUGUAACGAGCAGGCCUAUUCAUUGGCCGUGGAGAAGCUACUCAACAUCCAGCCUCCGCCCCGGGCCCAGUGGAUUCGAGUGCUGUUUGGAGAAAUCACACGACUCUUGAACCACAUCAUGGCUGUGACCACACAUGCUCUGGACAUUGGGGCCAUGACUCCUUUCUUCUGGAUGUUUGAAGAAAGGGAGAAGAUGUUUGAGUUCUACGAGCGAGUAUCUGGGGCACGGAUGCAUGCUGCCUACGUCAGGCCAGGAGGCGUGCACCAGGACCUACCCCUGGGACUGAUGGAUGACAUUUACGAAUUUUCUAAGAACUUCUCUCUUCGGAUUGAUGAGGUGGAGGAGAUGCUGACCAACAACAGGAUCUGGCGAAAUCGGACAGUGGACAUUGGGGUUGUGACAGCAGAAGAUGCGCUGAACUAUGGUUUUAGCGGGGUGAUGCUCCGGGGCUCUGGCAUCCAGUGGGACCUGCGGAAGACCCAGCCCUAUGAUGUUUAUGACCAGGUGGAGUUUGACGUUCCUAUUGGCUCUCGAGGAGACUGCUACGAUAGGUACCUGUGUCGGGUGGAGGAGAUGCGCCAGUCCCUUCGAAUCAUCUCUCAGUGUCUAAACAAGAUGCCUCCUGGGGAGAUCAAAGUUGAUGAUGCCAAAGUGUCUCCACCUAAGCGCGCAGAGAUGAAGACAUCUAUGGAGUCACUGAUACAUCACUUCAAGUUGUAUACUGAGGGUUACCAAGUUCCUCCAGGGGCCACAUACACUGCUAUUGAGGCGCCUAAGGGAGAGUUUGGAGUGUACCUAGUGUCUGACGGCAGCAGCCGCCCUUACCGAUGCAAGAUCAAGGCUCCUGGUUUUGCCCACUUGGCUGGUUUGGACAAGAUGUCUAAAGGACACAUGUUGGCUGACGUUGUUGCCAUCAUAGGCACCCAAGACAUCGUGUUUGGAGAAGUAGAUCGGUGAGCAGGCGAGCGGCAUUUGACCUCCUUGCUAAUCAUUUCCCUUCAUGGAGUGUGUCAACAUUCGGAUGGGACGUGUGUGGAUGUGUGUGUGCAUGUACAUGAGCACCUGGCUGUCAGGCUUUCUGAGCAUGUACUUAGGAAAGGAGAACUUACAAUAAAUUAGCCGCCCUGCGGCCCCUCGGCC